UGAUUGUUUUUGUUUAUGGUUCGGAAUUUCGUUAGCGGAAAGAAAAAAAGGAAUCCACUCAAUCCACUCCUCGCGGUUACGCCACGAGUGCCACGACAGGCUUCAUCUUGUUGUGAUCUUGUUCUUUUCGCGCUUCAGAUCCAUAUUGCUCUGGAAAAUUUCUGCGCUUUCGUUUCAGAAUUUCUUCCGAUUCUCGUCUGUGUCUCCAAAUUGAUUAUCGACGUCUUGGAACUGAUCAAAAUGGCUCCAACAUUGAGGAAACGCACAGCUGCACCAGUCUCAAUUAAAGAAGUUAAAAAAACCAAAAAAGGUCCUGUCAAGGAAAAAGCGACUAAAAGCUCUGUUCCGAAAGCUAACGGCACUGCAACUGAAGCUCCAAAGAAAGCUGCAAAAGGGAAGAAGGCCACUGAGCCAGCGAAGGAAGAAGUAGAAGAAACGAAAGAAAAUACAGCGAAUGGAUCGGCAAGUUCCGAUGAAGAGUCAUGGAAAAAUGCUAAGUCUGUCCAUGAUUUCAAAGCCAAAUUAAUCACCGGUGAAGAAAUCUCUCUUGAAAAAUAUAAAGGUCAUGUUUUGCUUAUUGUCAAUGUGGCGUCUAAUUGUGGUUACACAAAAAGAAACUAUGAGCAGUUGGUUGAGUUGGAUGAAAAAUAUCGUGACAGUAAAGGUUUAAGAAUCCUAGCAUUUCCUUGCAAUCAGUUCGGGAAACAGGAGCCUGGCGAUAACGAAAAAGUAAGGGGAAAGAUAGAAAAACGAGGUGUUAAGUUUGAUGUGUUUGAAAAAAUCGACGUGAAUUCAGCCUCAGCCCAUCCAUUGUACAAAUUCCUCAAGUCUGGGCAAAAUGGACUCAAUACCGACCCAAUCAAAUGGAAUUUUAACAAGUUCAUUGUGGACAAGGAAGGAAAACCCGUCGCAAGAUUUUUGUCUCCGAAGAAUCCUCUGGAUUUGGUAUCUGAAUUGGAAAAAUACUGGUGAAUUGUGCCAACCGUUCUUUAGGUUACCAUCAAUGCAGCAUUAGUUUUUAAUGACUGCUCUGUUUUCUGUAGCCCUAAUGUUAGCCGUAAGUGUUUCCUCAUAAAUUUUUUACUGACUAGUCUAUAAGUUGUUUUUAAACCGGUUGUCUCAUCUAUUCAUAUUCUUUUUGUCAUUAUCUUUUAUCAUUUCUAAAAAGAAUCUAGGUAAACCUCAACUAUUUCUUUUAAUAAUUAAUGUAUUACUAGUAUCUCUGUUAGGUAGUUAAAAAGGAAAAAUUCCCUCCGAUUUGUUCCCUAUUAUAGACUGAUUUAGUGGCUACAUCAUUCGAUAUAAUAUCGAACCCUUGGUUCAAAUGUAUACAAACAUGGAACCUUGUUUCUGAUUUGCGCCCUUUGCACCAUGGUGGUCAUAUGUGUCCAAAUUUUUUUUUAAAUCGUAAGUUCUCGUAUUUAAUGAGUCUUUACUUGAUUUGUAACUGGUCAGUGAACAAAUUUUAAUAAAUUAACACAAUUAACUCGUGAAGAAUUUGCACAUGAGGUUAUGUCAGUUUGUUUUGGUUUCAACCAAAAACUCGAUAUUGUAUCGAAUGAUGUAGUCACUAAAUCAGUCUAUUUGUGCACAUCGUUUCUCAUUGUCAGAAAGAUUCUCUUUCUCUUUACCAUUCCAAAUUUUGAUUUGAAGCAUCUUCUUUCCUGAACUCAGAUUCAAAUUUUCAAUCAGGUACUUUUCUAAGCUAAUCUCUCUAAGUCAUGGUGAUGUUUAGACAACCACAUAUCAAUCUUUUCACCAGCUGUCGAGUCCAAUAGCAGAAACUGAACUUCUGCUGCACAUUAAUUUCCAAGAAUUUUUUGCCGUUUGACUCUUGAUAAACUAAGUUCAAAUGAAAUAGACUGAUCUUGUGAAACCUCUCAUCACAACUUGUUAUAUUUAUGAUAAUUUUUUUACUAUUUCUUUUAAAUACUUUUGUACGUAGUUUAGCAUAUUUUUGGAAAAUUUUGACUUUAAUAAAUUAAGAUUUUGUAUUAUUUUU